AUGGCGGAAGCUGCAGCCACCGGUCCGCUCUCUCUCUCCGAGCAAUACUUGUUGAAGGAGAAAGAGGAGAAGCCAGUUGUGGAUGUGAAGCCUGUGGACGUUAAAGAAGAAUCAGCUCCUGCUCCUGCUGUUUCUGUGGAAUCUGUUACAGAGAAAGCUGCGGAGAUAGGUGAAGCCAUCGUCGAGAAAGCGGUUGAAACAACAGAAGCUGUUGCAGAGAAGGCUGUAGAGAUAACUGAAGCUGUUGUCGAGGGUAAAACUGAAGAUACACCUGUUGCUACUGAAGAACCCACUAAAGAUACUCCUGCUGCUGCUAAAACUGGUUCUGAUGAUGCUCCUCCUGCUGCAUCUGAAGAAACUACUGAACCAACCACAGAAGAAGUUGCUGAGGUGGCCCCUGAAAUUAAGCUUGAGACUGCACCAGCAGAUUUCCGUUUCCCCACCACAAACCAAACAAGACACUGCUUUACCCGCUAUAUUGAAUUCCACCGAUGCGUGGCUGCUAAAGGAGAAGAUGCUCAGGACUGCCAGAAAUAUGCGAAAUAUUACCGUUCACUUUGCCCCAGCGAAUGGGUUGAUAGAUGGAAUGAGCAGAGGGAGAAUGGUACAUUCCCUGGUCCCCUUUAA